CUCAUGGGCACAAGCGAUGACGUCAAGAGCGGGCAAUGACGCCGUCGUUAUAAUAAUCAAACUGAACGAUUAACGAUUCUGCAUAUUCAAUUAUCCCUUCAAUUAACCUGCAAAACAGAUUCUGACGUCGACCUCAGCGCCUGCACAGGCGCCUGCAUACGCACUUAUCGCAACUUAGAGGCUUGUGGUGAACACCCUCUUAGACAAUUAAGCUACGUACGAACACCGGCUUUGCGGAAAAAGAGCGCGGCGACUCGGCGGUGUUGCCAUGCACCUUUAGAGAUGCCGCUGCCAGCCAACUGGGUUGUUGCGGGGCGAGGAAUUGGGAGCGGGCUUGCUAACAGGUGCCACAGACGAGGUGAAGUCACGUCGACGUGGACGUCUUCAGCGCCCUUUUUUCGGUCGCGGCUUAGCGUGCUGGGCCAAUACAAGCCGCAGCAGGCAUCGCUCUCAACAUCUCGAGGCAAAUCAGCGCCACUCCAACCUCCUUCAACACCUGCUGCUCUGGGAGGUUCAAGGGAAAGCAUGGGAUCCGGUCGCGGCCCAGAGAGCAAGCAGGCGGUAGCCGCACCGUCGGCUGCCGCCGCUGCAAUCGAAGGGCGCGGCUCGCUUCUGCAGCAAAUCGCGCAGCAGCAGCAGCAGCGCCAGGUGUCGGGCACCGGACCGGUGUCACCCUCGGCUAUCCAUCUGACCGUGGCGUCAGGCGCGGUGGUGGCGCCAGAGCUUGAGUACACGGUGGUGUUGGACAUGCUGCACAAAAACGCAGUGGCUAAUGUGGAGGCCUCGAUGCGCGGUGGUGUGGUGCUGGGGCUCACCAGCCCUGCGGGCCCUACUGCCACGCUGGACGUGGUCAUCGGGCAGCUGAACUUCAAGCGGCUGCUGGCCUGUGCACGCAACAAGCUGUGGUGGAUGACGCCCGAGUGGCGCGGUGACACGUGGGCGCUGCCGCCGGAGACACAGUUCCUGCUGGCGGAGAUGCGGGAGGGAGGGCCAUAUGCCAUCCUGCUGCCGCUGAUUGAUGGAGACUUCCGGGCCACAUUGCGAGCACCCGCCAAGCGUGCCGAGGGUGCCAACGGCGAGGUCGUCCUGCGUCUGGAGAGCGGCUCUCCCGAUGUCACAGGCACCCGUUGGCCGUCUGCCAUGUACGUGGGCGCUUCAUGGGACCCGUACGAGCUCAUCGACCGCGGCGUCGCAGCCGCGGCGGCUAUGUCGGGUGGCGCCCGCCCACGCUCCACGAAGCAGAUGCCGCCGUCACUGGACGGCUUCGGCUGGUGCACCUGGGACGCGUUCUACUCCACCGUGUCAGCACGCGGGCUGGCCGAGGGCCUGGCGGCGCUGGAGGCGGGCGGCGUCAGUCCGCAGCUACUCAUCAUCGAUGAUGGCUGGCAGAUGACGGACGUGGACCCGCCCAUGCGAAAGACGCCUGCCGCCGACCUGGCGGACAAGCUGCAUGUGGAGGGCGAGCCGCGGCGACUGCUGGAGGCCACACAGGACGAGUUCUUUUAUGAGAGCCAGGAGGUCAUGGCGGACGCAGCCGCACACAUGCCGCAGGCCGCCGGCACCACACUGGGCACGGUCAUGCCCACACUCGCCAACCUGGGGCCGCAGCACAACGCGCCGCUGCACUCCCACAGCGGCAGCGUGGCCAGCCUGGACACGCUCGACCUGACCAACAACAACACCAUCGCCAGCCAGAGUCAGGACAACACUGGUACGAGGCCAACCGGUGGCCAGCGCCAGCAGCAGGACCGGCCGGCGGCUCCCAGCUCCACCGCGGGGAUGGCCACACGCGCGCAGCACGCCGGCGCUAGCGCCGUGGAGUCCAGCGGCGUCGGUGUGAGCAUAACGGAGGCGGUGCGUGCGCGCGAGGCAGCCGGCGCCAGCACCACUACUCAAGAGCCCGCAGUUCCGCCGGUUGCUCCCGCGCCUGCGCAGCUGGCAGUCAGGCCCGCGACAGCGGAGUCGGAGCUUGCAGCCAAGAACGCGGCGACUGCGUUCUGGCUGGUGCGCGCUAGCCAGAAGGUGGCGGGCUGGUUCAUGGGCAUCGCCACCGCCGGCUUCCUCAUCUUCUACCAAUGGGUGGUGGAGCCGGCUCCGCCCAACAGCCUGGCGGUCAGGGCCUUCGCGGCGGCGGCCAAGGGCCUCCUGAAGCCCGCCAUGCUGUCCUUCUACGCGACUGCCUCUGACUUCACGCGCCGCCUCACCAGCGUGCGCGCCAACGGCAAGUUCUCCCACCCCGACGCCGGCCCCGACACCGAUUGGGCGGGAGUGCCCGAGGCGCUGGGCACAGUCGUGGCGCACAUCAAGCGCAAGUUCGGCGUGCGCUACAUCUAUUGCUGGCAUGGCCUGCCGGGCUACUGGGCGGGCGUGAUGCCCACCGACCACGACGAGCUGGGCGGUGGCGCCGGCAUCCCGGGCCUGGAGAGCCACAUCCGCUUCGCCAGCCCCACACAGGGCGUGCUGGAGAUUGAGCCUUCCAUGGCCUGGAACCCCGCCGUGCUGGCAGGCAUCGGUGUUGUGGCUGACCCCAACCGCCUGUACAACGCCAUGCACCGCUACCUGCACGACAGCGGCGUGGACGGCGUCAAGGUGGACUGCCAGGCCGGUGUGGGCCUAAUCGGCUCUGCGAUGGGCGGAGGCGCGGCCCUGAGCGCCAUGUACCAGGGCGCGCUGGAGGCCAGCGUGGCGCACCACUUCGUCGGCAACCACGUCAUCAACUGCAUGUGCCACUCGACCGAGAACCUGUACAGGAUGACCGCCACGGCGGUGGCCCGCGCCUCGGACGACUUCUACCCGCGCGACCCCGCCUCCUCCCACCCGCACAUCGCGGCCUGCGCCUACAACAGCCUGUUCCUGGGGGCGCUGCUGCAGCCGGACUGGGACAUGUUCCACUCCAAGCACCCCGCGGCCAAGCUGCAUGCUGCGGCGCGCGCCGUGUCGGGCGGGCCGGUGUACGUGUCUGACAAGCCCGGCGAGCAUGACUUCGCGCUGCUGCACAGCCUGGUGCUGCCGGACGGCUCCGUGCUGCGCGCCAGUCUGCCGGGCCGCCCCACGCGUGACUGCCUGUUCGUGGACGUGCUGCGCGACGGCAAGAGCCUGCUCAAGGUCUGGAACGCCAACUCGGUGACUGGCGUGGUGGGCGUGUUCCACCUGCAGGGCAGCAGCUGGGACCGCGUGCGCCGCAAGUUCCACGUGCACGACAAGGCGCCGCGGCGGCUGAGCACCGAGGUGCGCCCCUACGACGUGGACGCCUUCCGGCCGCCCUCAAACGGCUCUGCUGCCGCCGAGGCCGCGGUGGCCGCGUCGGAGCAGUUCGCGGUGUACAGCCGGGCCGGCGGUGUCCUGAGCCUGCUGCACGGCAACGAGGGCGUCAAGGUGUCGCUGCCCAGUGCGGAGGCGGACGUGCUCACCGUGUCCCGCGUGACCCGUGUGGGCGGCAAUGCCUUUGCGCCGCUGGGCCUAACCAACAUGGUCAACGGCGGGGGCGCCGUGCGGGCGGUCUCCCACACCUUCGGACUGCCGGCGCCCGCCAGCUCCGUCAGUGGCGGCGCCAGCAACGGCAACGGCCGCCACGGCGGUGUUGUCGCCACCCGGGAGUGUGUCUUCACCAUGACGGUGCGCGGCUACGGCGAGCUGGUGUCAUACUGCGGCCGUGAGCCCGACCUGGUGCUGCUCAACGGCGCCCGCCUGCAGCCCGAGGUCAGCUACACCUACAGCCCCGGCGUCGUGGCGGCCGGCAGCGGCGCGGCGGCAGAGGGUGGGCGGCUGCGUGUGGACCUGCCGCGCGUGUCAGACCUGGAGAACGAGGUGCAGGUGGUGUUCCGCAGCUUCGAGUAAGGGACCGAGUUUGUCUCUCGGGCCUGCAUAAUAUGUUUCUGGACCUGUGUACUGUACAGGCAGCCGAGGGGCCUGAGGUUUUUUCUGAGUCCGGGUGCUUGCAUUGCAGUAGUGCAGGCAGGAGUGCGAAGGUCUUAGAUGAGCUGGUGCAAGAAUGUUUCUGGCUCCACAAAAGAGGGAGGAGGGCAACUCGAGCAUACUAUGAUGCCGGAGCUCUGUAGACGCGGUUGGUUGCGUUCGGCAAUAAUCCACAUUCUUUGGGGCGAUAACAUGCUCAGCCGCAUUACUCAACUCCAUACGGGAGCAUAGGAGUAGGAACGUGCUGCCGCGGUGUUGACGUUGUGUGGCGGCGGCUGGAGGCGUGGCAGUGCCCAAAACGACGUCCUGGGCAUGCCUCCAGCGCUGGCACACAACCGCACACGCUUUGCACCGCCCCCACGCGAUGGCGCAAGCCGCCGCGGUGUUGGGUUGUGCGGCGGCGGCUGGAGGCGUCGCAGGGCCCAGCCUGAAAGUUAAGCCUGAAAUUACCCAGAUGAACGGAUUUGUUGUAUGUAAGAAAGAGGAUGCUCGCUGCGCUGAUAGACGUUGCAGUGCACGUGCAAGCGCGGGUUGCGACAUACGUAAGGGUAGAGCGCGGGAAUAACCGUGCGUGCAGUGUGCUGUACUGUGAAGAGAUACUACCGGAGGCCCCGGAGGGAAGAUGCAAGCACAAGCUGUGCAAAUGCACGGACGCUACUGUUUGGAGAGUUGCAAAGGAAGGCACGCCAGCAUAAAGGCUGAAUCAGGCUGAAUGCGCAUAUCAACCGUUGAAGCAUACCCAGGCACGAACGGGAGGGUGCGGUACUGGCACUGAGUCAGGCCGGCACAGCGUGUCAUCAGAGUAAGACAAGUGACGUUUUUUGCCGAGAGGCGCGCCCUGCCAUGGGUAGGCCAGGGGAGGGUUAGGCCUUUGGACUAGGUGGGUGCCUCUCGCACCGGAACCACCACAUUUGCGCACGCAGCACCAGCGCGGCUGUACACCGCAAAACGCAACAGCGUAGAACUCUGUUGCGCCUACUGAGAAAGGCACGGCUGUUGUGUCCUUGCGCGGUUUUGACGCGUUGUACGUUAUGGCUGGGAGGGCGGUAACCCACCAGGAAAUGCCGGAAGGCGGGAAGGGCAGCUCCGUGUGGGCCAAGAUGGUCCUUCAGAGGAGUGGCUCUUCAGCCUUCAGGCGUGCCUGACUCCCCCCUUCCCAGGCUAGUGCGUUUCGGGCUAGUGCGUAGUGGGCAGGGGGGGGGGACGAACAAACAUUUUGGAUACCUGCCCAAAGCAUGCCAUGGAAGCUUAUGAAGGCAGGGGAACGUCAGGACCCUACCAAAAGACGAAGGGCUACCGUCCGUCAACAUGUGUUGGGUUGGGAGCUUGGGAUGUUGGGGUGCGACACGUCUCGCCUGGCCAGAAGGUGCCACAAGUCGCGGACCGGUGCUGGCGCGCCGGAAGAAAACGCAUGUUUAUGUCCCAGGCGGCAAAUCUUUAGGCGUGCUUUACUUGGGUGCAUCUGGACGGGCCUGGGACGGUCGCAAGAUGUCCACAACAUGUUGACAACGUGCUGUGGUCAAGACGUGCCCUGCGAACUCCCCAUGCUUGCAUGUAAGUAGGGCUCGCU